AUGGACCGGCUCCGAUCAGUGGCUGCCGAAGCAGCUCGGCCGUCUCACGACACCGAGGCAACCGUCGUCGUCCCGCAAGACGUCGAAGGCCAGCCAGCGCUGCCAGAAGACGCAGUAGGAUCGGGCCAAAAGACGUACGACCACGUCCGGCCAGCGCAGAGGCCGACUGCCCACCAGAUCUUCUACAUCCUGGGCAUGCACGGCAUCGGCGCAAUGCUGAUAUCAGGCGGCAUCAAUUUUGGAAUCGCAUACGCCAUGUACGCCAACCAAGAUCCCGAUACCCACCCAAUCAGGGUCUGGCAGUUCCCCAACACCCUCGCCGGCGACACGGCCGUGACCAUCAUCAUCCAGUGUCUGGUGACGUGGUUCAUCGAGAGCGCCAUCCUGAAGGCGGACCUCCGUGGCAACAAGGUCGAGCCCCUCAGGCUCCAGGCUCUGCCUCGGCCCAAGUCCCGCAUUCUGCGCUGGCUGUUCCUCCUCGACGACGACCGGUCCGCCGCCCACUGCACGGGCAACGGAUCCAGGGGCUUCGUCGCCUUUGUCGUCGCCCAGGCCCUCAGGGCCCUCCUGCUGGCCGUGCCCAGCGUCCUGCUCCUGUGGCCGCCGUCGGUCGGCGCCCUGCUGUCGCUCGGCUCGACCCGGUACGGGAACGAUCCGGUUUUCGACCCGAAGUGGGGGCCCGAGAUCUUCAAGGGUGUUCUGGGCGGCGUCUUGGGUCUCUUGACUACGCCUCUCAAUGCGAUUUUCUGGUUGGUUAGAGCUGCUUGGGGCGAGACGGCGGAAAUAAUAUGA